AUGUUAUCUUGUCCACAUCAGCUUGUCCACCUCCGCCUUCAGGGGCUCCAGUCGCAAUGUAGGAACUCCGGCCUUUGGCCUCGGAAGUUGGGGAUCUCGAUCGCUGCACACCGUGUCCAACAUAUCUCCAAUCAUGCGACGUCAUUCAGAGAGCCCGGAACCGAACCGCACGAUUUCACAAAGCCUGCGCCGUUACAAACGGUCAUCAUCGACGACUUGGAAAAUCCAGAACGAGGCAACCAUGCAAAACUGGCUGAGCAAUCUGGGGAGAAACUUGAUGGACAGCCAGGAAAUAAGACCACUACACAGAAGCCUAAAAAGGGCUCUCGAGAGUUCAUUACCGAGCCGUUGACACUGAAGAGGGUUCGCGGAAUCAUGCGGGCGCAAGGCCGCAAUAUUCGGAACGCACCCGACGUGCUUCGUCGACUCAAUGCCGAGAUCAAAGCGAAGGACCGGUUCUUAAACUCGAAAUCAACUUAUCUGGCGACAGUUGUCAAGAGCAACUCGCUCUACUCGCGGGAGCUGGGCCUCGAUCAAUGGCAGGCGGCGUAUGCUGAGAUCUACAAAGCAAAGCACUACCAGCGUGAGGUAUCAAACCGAGCUGUGAUACCAGCAUUGAAAGAGGAUGGUCAAGCGCUGCUCGAGAAGAUUCAGACAGACUGUCUUAGAAGCUUUCGGGAUGCCUGGCGGGCCAUGUCAAGACGCGACAAGGCCGCUUGCUGGCAGCGCCUAGCCUUCUGGCUAAUGCAGAACGACCCCAAACUCUUGAUGGAAUAUUUACUUGUUACAACGGAGAGCGAAGAGAAGCCGGAUUUCACCAUGGUGGCUGACUGCUUCCUUUAUUUGGACAGAUUCUACUAUGCGGACUGGCUGAAAGAUUGGAAGGGCGGCACUCACACUUACGAGUCGCUAAUUGAGGCUUGUUUGAACCCGAGGGAUUGGCCUAUUCUUUCUUUGCCACAAAAGGGUGCUCGGCUUUUCAUUCAGCGAGCUAGCCAUGAUGGGGUAAGCUUUGCCCUCGAGACAGUAAGAGGGAGAUCCAUUGAGAUGACCCCAGAGACUGCUUUGUGCUUCAUGUGGCGAUUCACGGAAUUCGAAGAUGUGGAUCAAGCACUCAAAUCUCUCGGGUUUAUUCCCAUUCUCAAACACCCAGAAUUUACAUUAAAUUCCAAGGGAGUCCUUCGGCAUUGCUGCAAGCUUUUAACGCUGGACCGUGUUCAAGAUGGCGAAAAUGGACGCAACUUUGAGAUACUUCCACAGCUCUUAAAGAUGGGUGUUCGGCCUGACCGAGACAUGAUGAAUUUGGUGCUGGCAAAUGCUUACAAGACCGGCGACUCACAACUCGGUACCGACAUGCUACAAUUCAUGACAAAUCACGACUACAAUUUUGACUCUUACACCUACUUGACUCUCUUGACCGAAGCAGUCAAGCGUGGAGACCGGGGCCGUGUCGAUAACUUGAUCCGUGAGCUCGAAGAGAAAGAUCUUCGCAAUAACCCAUACAUCACCAACAAGAUAUUUCAUUCCCACUACGUUUUCACCGCCAAGAACAUGGAUGCAGACUCUGAUCCUUCAGGAAUCUUUUAUUCCAUGCUUGAUAUGUACAACACCUUACACGACAUUACCCCUUUGAAAGAUCUCCUCAUCAUCCCGCAACAAUAUACGCCUCGGGCCGGAGGCUCCAAUACGCCUCCCACACCUAUCGCCCUGUACAUUAUGAUUGCGACCUUCUUCCGCUGCCAGAACCGCCUCACAACUGUGGAACUCAUCUAUAAACGGUUUCAAGAGUUGGUACAGCAAGGCCACCCAUCUAUCGCUCCUCUCGCGGAGACCGACCACACCUACAAUGAGUUCCUCAUUGCCAUGCGUGCCAACCCCCAUGCACUGCGGUCGUGUGUGCGCUUGGUCGAAGACAUGCUUCGUUCUUCUAAAUCAGUUAAGCCCUCUGUGCGCACUUGGACCAUCUUGCUGAGCGCUUUCAUCUUCAAUCGGCAACCUGCAGCUGCAGAGACAAUAAUGCAGAUGAUGGUCAAGCACCAAGUCGAGUAUGACCAAGCCACUUGGAAUACCAUCAUCAGUGGUCAUGUCAACACGCAGAACGUGGAAGACACUGCUGCUACCAUCAAAGCAAUGGAAGAACAGGGAUUCGCCAUUGAUCCCUACACCAUGAAGAGUUUGCGCUAUCUUCGCGAUCCAGAGCGUCUCUGGGUUGCCAUUGACGAGCUGGACAAGCAAUUCCCCGAAAGUAGCUCUCAGCAGGUAAUUUCCAAGCCGGAGCUUGAGUCCAGCGGUCCUGCUGUGGAUGAAUCGGAAGACCAGCUACUUGAUAAAGGAUUACGGAAGCUGGUCCUGAAGUGA